AGUCCAUUAAAAAUGAUGAGUUUGUCCAGCAGAGCAAAAGUAGUUGUUAUUAAUGAUAGAAACCUAGAAAAGAAGCAGAUCCUCUUAUUUACAAUACAGUGACCUUUCAGCAUGAGCAUUUUUUUUUUUACUUAAGACAAUUUGUUCUUUUGUCAUUUUAAUGAUUUUUUCCAGCUCUAACAAUGUUUUACUCUUUGCAGGGACACAGGCUGCUCAUGGGUUCACAAAACACAAGACACCUUCUUGAAAAAGCUGCCAGAUGUCACCUGUACUGCUUUAAACCAUCAAAAUUAUGGUUUUCUACCAAAUUCUCAACACUGGGGGACAAAAACAUUGUGCUCAUUGGUCUCCCUGGAGCUGGGAAGACAACCGUGGGGAGGAUAGUGGGCCAGAGACUGGGUUUGCCUGCCAUUGAUGUUGAUGAUGAUGUUUUGGAGAAGAAAUGGAAGAUGCCUGUGGCUGCUAAGCUGGCAGCAGUGGGUGGAGAGCGUUUUCUGGAGGAAGAAGGCCAGGCCUUGUGUAAUUUCUCUGCAUCUGGAUGUGUUGUGUCUCUGACAGGCUCAAACCCUCUUCAUGAUGUGGCAAUGCAGUACAUUAAACAAAGUGGGCUGGUUGUCUACCUGGACGUGGACUCUGAGGAUGUCAUGGGGAGACUCGCUAGGAUGAAGGUGAACAGGAUUGUGGGUCAGCAGGAAGGGGUCUCCAUGAGAGACAUUCUCCAUUACAGAAGACAGUUCUACGAGAAAUGGCUUGACGUGCGGGUGCUGUGUGGUACAGGUGACACGGUGGAGGAAGUGGCAGAGAAGGUGUUGAAGGCUGUGGAGCGAUAUCAGGACCAUACUGCAGAAACCUACGUGUCCACUCGAAGUAAUGGCACAUGCUCACCAAAUCACAACACAUACUUCAGUGAUGUGGUAGUUGAAGGUUUGGCCCCAGAUGGAGGCCUUUACGUACCCCGCAGUGGAUUCCCAAAAAUUGCUGCUUGUGAAUGGCAAAGACUAGCUGGGAUGACAUAUGCAGAGCGAGCAUUAGUUUUGCUUGAGAAGUGCAUACACCCUUUGGAUGUCUCGCCUUUGGAUCUUAGAGAAAUGGUCUUCAACGCAUAUGGGACAAACUUUUCUAGUGACGCGAUUGCACCCGUUAAACACGUUGUUCAAAAACAGUACAUUCAGGAGCUUUUCCACGGCCCAACUGCUUCAUUUAAGGACCUUUCCUUGCAGUUGAUGCCACAAAUUUUUGCUUAUUGUCUCCCGCCGAUGUGUAACUACCUCAUCCUCGUUGCCACAUCUGGAGAUACUGGAAGUGCAGUGCUCAGUGGCUUCAGCAGGCUCAGUGACACUGACCAACAAAGGACUGCCGUGCUCGUCUUCUUCCCAGAGGAAGGUGUGAGUGACAUCCAGAAGUUCCAGAUGAUGAACUACAUGGGAAGCAAUGCCAGGGUGGUCGGCAUCCUGUCUGACUUUGACUUCUGUCAGAGGGCCAUCAAGAGGAUGUCUGGAGAGUCCGGGCUGACAGGGCACCUGGCUGUGGAGUACGGCACAGUCCUAAGCACUGCCAACUCCAUCAACUGGGCACGCUUGUUGCCACAGGUGGUUUACCAUUUGUCAGCUUAUCUGGACCUGUGCAGAGAUGGUGUUAUCAGGUUUGGGGAGCCCACUGACGUUUGCAUCCCCACGGGUAACUUUGGCAACGCCAUGGCAGCUGUGUACGCCAAGCAAAUGGGCAUCCCGAUAAGAAAAGUCAUCUGUGCGUCCAACCACAACCACGUCAUCACAGACUUUAUCACCACGGGCGAGUAUGAUCUUCGUGGACGACCUCUGAUCACCUCACACUCCCCGGCUAUAGAUAUACUGAAGUCUUCCAACCUCGAGAGGUUUAUCUACCACGCCUCAGAGGGAGAUGGUCGCCUCGUGAAGGACUUAUUCACAUGCUUGGACGGACGUCAGUACUUUCAGGUUCCUAAGCCUCUCCUUGGCAGGAUGCACCUGGACGUGUUGGCCGGCUGGUGCUCUGAAGACGACUGCUUGGCUGCCAUCCAGAGUGUUCACAGACAGACAGGCUACGUCAUGGACACACAUACCGCCAUUGCUAAAGUAGUGGCUGAUCGGCUGCAGGACACCUCCUGCCCAGUGGUGAUUUGUUCCACUGCGCACUAUGGGAAGUUUGCUCCUGCUGUCUUUAAAGCUCUACAGAUCCACAAUAUUGCAGAAGAUCCGGUGGAGCAGCUAAAGGAGCUGGGAUGGUUGGCAUCCAGACCACAAAUGCACCCGUGCCUGAUGAAAUGUGUCAAAGAAAGCAGCAGGAAGGCGUAUUCAGUCUGUCAGGCAGAUUACGGCGCAGUGGUAGAACACGUGGAGAGCAUGAUACAUGACUCGUUCCUCAAAGUCAAGUGUCUUAUUACACAUCCAAAUCCAGACAGGAGGAGAUCAACAGUCACACCACAGAUGGUUUCCCGCUGUUCCUCAUCACUUAUACCGCGGCCAUCACCUUCUCCAUGAUCUCCUGCCUGAGGUUGGACAACGUGAGGAACAAAGUGUGGGUGGCGGGCUUUGCAGUUGUGUCCAUCGGUAUGUCUGUCCUCUCUGCUUUUGGGUUGCUGCUCUACAUCGGAGUGCCUUUCGUUAUUACAGUUGCAAAUGCU